ACCCACAUUCCACAGAUCAUUUCAGUUCACACUAUCUUUUAAAAAAACCUACUUCUGUUUCUUUUUGUAUGUUAUUAUAAUAAAAAAAUUUUUUGUUUCUAUGAUUUGCCUGCGAUAUGCAGCUUUCUAAUUCCAGGGUGGUUCCGGAAUUGUUACGAUCUGCAAAUAAAAUUAACACUCUAUGUUCCAAGAAAACAAUUUCUACAGCUGGUUAUAAGCUUAAUCUUUUGGAUACUGAAAGAAAAUGGAAAGAAGAAUGGACUAAACGGUCUCCGUUUCCAGUAAAUGAGUCAGCCAAAAAGAAGUAUGUUCUUAGUAUGUUUCCAUACCCUAGUGGUUCAUUGCACAUGGGUCAUGUACGAGUAUACACUAUCUCGGAUACUUUAUCUAGGUACUAUAGAAUGAAAGGUUUCAAUGUAAUUCAUCCUAUGGGUUGGGAUGCAUUUGGGCUUCCUGCUGAAAAUGCUGCAAUUGAGCAUCAUAUAUCACCUAAUUCCUGGACAAAAUCGAAUAUUGAGAAAAUGAAACAUCAGUUUGAGUACAUGAACGUUCAUUUUGAUUGGGACCGAGAAAUCAUUACCUGUGAUCCUUCUUAUUAUAAAUGGAGCCAAUACUUAUUUACUCAGCUUUUUAAAAAAGGACUAGCUUAUCAGGCUGAUGCUUUGGUUAAUUGGGAUCCUGUCGAUUGUACCGUACUAGCGAACGAGCAAGUUGACUCACAAGGUCGUUCUUGGAGAAGUGGAGCUGUCGUAGAGAAAAAGAACCUCUGCCAAUGGUUUUUCAAGAUAUCUGACUACUCCGAACAGCUUUUGAAAGAUUUAGAGAGUCUACCUUUUUGGCCUGAAAAGGUUAAAAAGAUGCAGCAAAAUUGGAUUGGCAAAAGCAAAGGUUUAGAAAUUCAAUUUAAAACCGAUAAAAAUUAUACCCUUGAAGUUUAUACAACAAGACCCGAGACAAUAUUUGCUUCAGCGUUUCUAGGGCUUUCAAAGUCUCAUCCGUUAGUUCAAUCGCAAGCUGAAAAACACGGUGACUUGAGUACUUUCUUGGAAAGUGAUGAUGCAAAUAAUUUUGGAUUUAAACUUCCCAUCGUUGCCUAUAAUCCUCUUACCAAUGCCUCGAUCCCUGUCUAUUAUGCUCCAUACGUAGUUGAUGAACAUGGAACUGGUGUUGUUAUGGGAGUUCCUAUGCAUGACUUAAGGGACUUUAAUUUUGCGACUGAAAAUGGCAUAUCCUUUCCUUCAGUUAAUGCUGUUCUUCCCCAAAAUUCCGAAACGGUAAAUAAUGAAACACCUUAUACAGGAAAUGGCUUGAUGUCAGAAAUUUGUGGGGAAUACAAAGGAAUGAAAAAUAAAGAGGCCGCAAAAUUGAUGACAAAGAAAUUAGAGAGCCUUGGCAUAGCACGCUUUGUUACGAAGUAUAAGUUAAGAGAUUGGCUUGUUUCAAGACAAAGGUUUUGGGGUACUCCUAUCCCUAUUGUACACUGUGAUAACUGUGGAGCAGUUCCUGUUCCUGAGCAUGAACUACCGGUUCAAUUACCUGAGCUCACAGAUAUAUAUGGAAAAGGGUCUUCUCCAUUGGCUAACCUGGAAUCUUGGGUGAAAACUGAUUGCCCGCAAUGUAAGAAGCCUUCGAGAAGAGAAACAGACACGAUGGAUACUUUUGUGGAUUCUUCUUGGUACUUCUUUAGAUUUCUGGAUUCUAAAAAUAAUAAGCUACCCUUUGAUCCAAAGAAAAUUGAAAAGGAUAUGCCUGUUGACAUCUAUAUUGGUGGUAUAGAGCAUUCAAUUCUACAUUUAUUGUACUCUCGAUUUUUUUCAAAAGUUAUGAAUGAUAUCGGGCUUUGGAAAAACAGUAAUUUGAAAAAUGAACCGUUUACCAGAUUAAUAACUCAAGGAAUGGUACAUGGACCUACUUAUGUGAGUCAGCCAACAGGAAGAAUAUUGAAGCCCGAUCAGGUAAAAAAAGUAUCAGGUAAAUUUGUCAAUAUCGCGAACCCUAAUGAUGAAGUGGAAUUGUGUUAUUUUAAGAUGAGCAAAAGUAAACAUAAUGGAGUUGAUCCGAUUAGCACUAUUUUGCGCUGGGGCUCUGAUGUGACGAGAGCACAUUUGUUAUUUUCGGCUCCCGUAGACGGUGUAUUACAAUGGGAUAGUACAGGAAUAGUCGGUGCCGAAAGAUGGUUGCUUCGCUUAGCGACUUGCGUUGAAAACAUACAACAAAUGGAGCAAUCGAGUGUAUCUGCUACGUCUGAAAUGAACGAUAAAACUCUAGAGCUACUGGAACAAACUUAUGACUAUAUGGUAGCCUGCGAAAAGAAUUACGAGAAUAUAUUUUCUUUGAAUGUAAUCAUAUCGGAUUCCAUGAAAUUGACCAAUGCCAUUUACAAUAGCCUAAAAGAUAAUGCCUCCCCGAAAGAAGCAUUGAAAACAUCCGCCGAGGUAUUGGUUAGAUGCAUUGCACCAAUUGUUCCCUGUGUGUCUAGUGAACUCUGGAAUCAUUUAGGACAUAAAAAUUCUGUCUAUACUAAUUGGCCAUCCAUGCAAAAGCCCUCGAUUACUAAAAAAAGAGUCUCUGUUCCCGUUCAAAUAAAUGGGAAAUGGAGACUUCAACUGAAAAUUUCAAGUGAUUCUUUAAAAGAGGAUCUGAUUAUGAAGACCGUUUUGACCCAUCCGGAUGCACAACACUGGUUAAAGGACAAAAAGAUUGUAAGAGCCAUUGUAAAACCUAAGGUAGUGAGCUUAGUUGUUGAGUGAUUAUGUUUGCAUAUUUUUAUUUUUGAAUCCGUAGCAUUUUACCGAUAUUGAUUGUCUUUAGAAUCAUGUUUAAUGAAUAGACUAAGUUUUUUAAAGGUCCUUGGUAAGUUGUACAUCAAUAUAUAAAGUUUAAUUAUUUGAUUGUUUAAGUUAAAUAAAUAAGAAAUUUAUCGACGGU